AUGUGUCUUACUUGGCAUGAUGUAUGCAAUAGAAAAAUCGACUGUCUUAAUAAUAUAAUUGAUGAAAAAGAUUGUUUUGAACUUGAAUUAAAUCAAUGUGAUGGAAUGAAAAAGUUUCGUUGUUAUAAUGAACAAUGUAUUCCAUUGGAACUUUUCAAUGAUAAUUCACAAUUUCCUGAUUUUCUUGAUCGUUUUGAUGAACUGUUUCAUACUUCGCUAUCAUGUUAUACAGAACCGUCAAUGCGUUGUGAAGAUCAUCGAUGUAAAUUCGAUUCUAUAAAUACAAAUUGGGGCAAUGGAGAUUGUCAUGAUAUUGAUUGUCCUAAUGGACAAACUGAAAGAUGA